AUGGAAAAAGGUUACAGCUUCCUAUUUGUGAGACCCCCAGGUGAUGUGAUCGCACCCAACGGCUUCCCUGCAGACCCCCGACCUCAGCCUCCAGUGGGACCCAAAGUGUUCCGUGAUGCUAUGGACAUUCGCAUCCGAGUCUUCUGUGACGAGCAAAAUUGCGGCCUGGACGUAGAGUUGGACGAGGAUGACCCGAGAUCAUGGCAUUGGGUCUGUUAUCACGCAACACGGGAAGGCCAGCUGGAGCCGAUUGCGGUCGUACGGAUCGUCCCUCCGCCCCAUGGCCCUCAUCCCAAUGGCUUCAGCGACCCGAACGAAGAACCGUACGUCAAGCUUGGACGUGUCGCAACGUUGCCCGAGCACAGGGGAAAAGGCAUAAGCCGGCUCCUCACCGAAAAAGCGCUGCAGUGGUCCUUUGAAAACAGGCAUGAGGUAUCUCCGGAGUGGCGAGGCCUUGUGCUCUGCCAUGGUCAAACCUCUGUGGAAAAAAUGUACCAGAAGCUGGGGUUUGUCACCGACGAGAGACUGGGUCGUUGGCAAGAAGAGGGGAUCGAGCAUCUUGGAAUGUGGAGGCAGCUAAGGGACUCGUAG